AUGCAGGGUUUUCAAACUGGGGGGUUUGUCGGCCCACAGCGCGGAUCGAGCGCCGCUCUUUCCUUGAUUGUGGGUUCCCCCUUGUGCCCGCUGGCGCGCGCCUGGAAGACGAUGCCGGGGAAGUUCAACCCCCUGAUUUCCGGCCCCGCGCACGGCCUCGAAGAGUCAGGCAGCUCGGGCAAGGGAGCCUUGCUGCGCCGGGGCGAGACCGGCCACUACGGCUCCUGCACGCCCCUCUUGGAGGGCGGGAUGCUGAUGGGAAGUGGGUCAGUCCUGGGAUGCUUCUUGGGUGCAGCCUGCUGCCUGGGGGAUGGAGACGUCAGCUCGGAGAAGGUGCUGCGGCAAGGGAGCCGCAGGACAUGGCUGGCAUUGGGCGAGUUGAUGGAGGAUCUACAGCUUUUGGUGAACGAUGCCGUGACGGAUGCCCUCAGACUUCUGACGCACGCCGCCGCUGCGCUUCAGACUUUGCAGACAUGCCCAUUGCUGAAGCGCUUCGAGGGAAAGCCCUUACAUGACGCGGUACCAAUGGUGUCGGUGGUGAUGAUGAUGGGGACUCUCUAUUUCGUGUUCUUCCUGUGUUGCCUGCGCAACGCCUCAACUUGCAAUCUGAGUUUGCAGAUGUCUUAUACGUUCCAUGUCUCGUUCAUGAUGGCAUUGGCGUCGUACCAUCAAGCAGUUGUCACCGACCCUGGCAGAGUUCCAGACUCCUGGAAGGAGGGGCCUGGAACCAAAGAGCGCGUCGCGCGGAUGAUUUCAGAGCGGAAGAAGUCGACGGGCGACAUGCGCUUCUGCAGCAAAGAGAUGAAGUACAAGCCAGACCGGGCACACUUCUGUUCGAGCACGCAGCGCAACGUGCUCCGCAUGGACCACUACUGCCCUUGGAUGGGAAACUGCAUUGGGUUUGCGAACUACAAGUAUUUCCUCCUGUUCCUUCUCUAUGCGGUCAUCUCGACCAACUCGGUCUGCUGGGUCUCCGUGUCAGCAGUUUGGUCAGGCAUGCUUGUACCCGGUACUGCAGCAGUGGUGCUGGAAAGCUUGGCGUUGUCGGGUUUGCUGGGGCUUUGCUUGACCCCUUUCCUGGCUUUUCAUGUGUGGAUGCUCUGCAAGAACAUGACGACCAUCGAGUUCUGCGAGCAGUCGGGGCAGGGGGAGUAUAGCUCACGCUAUGACCUUGGAGUUUGGGCUAACAUUCAAAGUGUCCUCGGUCGAAAUGUGCUCGUUUGGCUGCUUCCGAUCUACUCUACGCCUGGAGAUGGGCUGAAGUGGCAGCAAAAUCAAAGAAAAGUGAUUGAAAAUUCGAAGAAGGCAGCACGCCCGGAGAGACCUUGA